ACAGUCGCGUCUCUUUCACUUUUUUAUUGUUUAUUUUAAUAAUUCACGAUUUUUUUUUAUUCAAAAUUUAAUUAGAACAAUUACGGUUUUUAUGAUUAUUACUCGCUUCGAGUCAUUAAAGUGCUUCCAGAUUGUCUUUGAACAAAUUUCCGACAAUAAAUUCACUCAUUAAAAAACGUGUCAACGCAAUUUUUAUCGAAUCCGAUUUUUUAUUUACUGUUGCAUCGAAAGUGAAAGCCCAUACAAACACAGAAAAAACGAAAGAAAGAAAUUUCAAAAAGAAGAAGAUAAAAGAUAUUUUUUAUUUGUUGAGCUUCAUCUCUUCUUCAUAAUUACAUCAUUAAAUAUUUUUGUUCGAAUAUUUUUUUUUUGUGGAUACCAACAUUGAAACCAACGAGAAAAAGAUGAAAUGAAAUAUUUGCUAGAUCAAACAAAAAAUUAUCAAAUACUUUCACAAACGGACUACAAACGGGCAGAAGACCCAUCGAGUGAUGAAGAAGACGCUGGUUCGGAAAGUGAUUCUAGUCUAGAUUUGUAUUAUUCUAAAGAAACAAUGGCCAACUAUGGAAGUUAUUUCACGGAGGAGCUUGUGGCAACAAAAAAGAACAAAUUGCUGCAAAAAUUCCUCAUUUAUGGUUUUAUAGCUCUCAUCGCCAUCGCAAUAAUCGUAGUUUUAAGUGUAUUUUUAUCGAAACCACCAAGCGGAUCAUCCGCAGAGCCCAUAGUUGAUGAUGGUCCCGCCAUAACGUUAGAAGAUGUACUCGAAGGGCGUCUCUAUCCGCAAGGAUUUAAUGGUUCAUGGGCUGGAAAGGAACAAAUUAUUUUUCGUGAUGCUGCGAGCAAUGUCGUUAUGCACAACAUUCGUACCCGAGAAACGAAAACUUUGAUACCUUCCAACUUGGAUCCCUACAACCAAGCUGUCUCUUACAGUUUAUCGCCCGACGAGAAAUAUCUCUUGAUCGCUCGCGAGUACCGAAAACUCUUCCGCAGCAGUUUCAGUGCAAUUUACGACAUUUUAAACCUCGACACGAAGGAAGUCUUCCCUCUUACCGUGAACGGAUCGCAAAAACACCUCCUUCUCGCCGAAUGGAAUCCCAAAUCUAACGGAAUUAUCUUCAACUACGGCUUCGACUUGUACUACAAAAAAUCCGUAGACACUCCCGAGAUCCGCAUAACCUUCGACGGAAAGCCUACCGUGUACAACGGAGUCCCCGACUGGGUUUACGAAGAAGAAGUCCUGUCCUCAAACACUGCUUAUUGGUUCAGUCCCGACGGAAAUCUCCUCGCCUUCAUGAAAUUCGAUGACACGCAUGUCCCCUUCAUCGACAUCCCGGUUUAUGGUCCCCCUGGGUUGCUCGAGUUUCAAUAUCCGAACAGCCGAUUUGUUCAUUACCCGAAAUCGGGCGUGAGAAAUCCCGAAGUUUCGUUGUUGAUUGCAAAUUUGGAUGAUUUAACGGCGGAACGUCGUGUGGAUUUGACGAAAAUCGCUCCGCCAGCGGAAGUUACGGCAGAUCACAUAAUUUCGACCGUCGCAUGGGCUGACAACACGAAUUUAGUGAGUGUUUGGAUGAAUCGGAUUCAGAAUAAGGCGAUUUUGCGGAAAUGUCAGUUGGAUGGAUGCGAAACGGUGGCUUUGAUGGAGUCAAAUAGCGGCUGGAUCGAUUUAUUCACGCAACCCUUGUUCAAGGGAGAUGGCAGUGCACUUGCUGUUUUGGCGUCGCAGCCUCAGGAAGGUCGUGCCGGAGCUUUUAGACACCUUACAAUGAUCUCCACGGAGAAAAAUGGCAAACAAGCGGCACUUACGAAGGGAAAAUUCAUCGUUACAGAGCUCCUGAAAUGGGAUUCUGAUACAAAUUCAAUUUUUUAUACCGCAAAUUUGCCAAAUAGCAGCGAAUCGAAGCACUUGUACGCCGUUAAAGGAGAAUUAAAUGCCAUUCCGCAAUGUUUGACGUGCUCCUUGACCAGUCGUUACACGAAAAAACCUCAAGAUUACUUCGAUGCCGAAUUCAACAAGGACGGAAAUUAUUUCAUCUUGUCUUACAAAGGCCCGGAUAUCCCCGAAGAGCAUCUUUACUCGUACAAAGAAGACGAAUCCGGUAAAAUUCAACUCGAAAAAGUGAUGGAAAUCGAAACCAACGAGCAACUUGUGGAAAUUCUUGAAUCAAAAGCGACUCCAAAUACGGAAAUUCACGAAAUUCCGAUCGCAGGAACAGAUUUUACGGCGAAGGUUUUGCUUCAGCUCCCACGAAAUUUGGAUCGCAGCGGAAAAACGAAAUAUCCAAUGUUGGUAGAUGUCUAUGGAGGACCCGAUUCGUUUGCGGUUGUCAAGAAAUUUUCGCUGGAUUGGGGAAGUUUUAUGACGGCAAAUAAGUCGGUGAUUUAUGCGAGAAUUGAUGGCAGAGGAAGCGGGUUAAGAGGAGAUUUGUUGCUGCAUGAGAUUUAUAAGAAAUUGGGAACUGUGGAAGUUGAUGAUCAGAUUUCGACGGCAAAAAAACUCUCCCAACUCCUUCCCUUCAUCGACCCAAAACGCGUUGGCAUCUGGGGCUGGAGUUACGGCGGUUUCGCAUCCGGUAUGGCGCUCGCCAAGGACAAACAGGGCGUUUUCCGUUGCGCCGCAAGUGUUGCUCCCGUCACCGAUUGGCUUUACUACGAUUCCAUCUACACGGAGCGCUUCAUGGACAUUCCAAAGAACAAUUUCGAGGCUUACGUCAAAUCGCGACUCAGUACAAUGGUCGAAGGGUUCCGUAACAAGCAAUUUAUGUUGAUUCAUGGCACGCUGGAUGACAAUGUGCACUUCCAACAAUCCAUGGCGCUGGCUCGAAGUUUGGAAAAAGCCGACAUUUUGUUCAAGGAAGUCAGUUAUCCGGAUGAGGAUCAUGGAUUGGGAGGCGUUCGACCUCAUUUGUACCACACACUCGGCAAAUUCUUCGAAGAUUGUUUCGAAAUCAAGUCUUGAAGUGGCUUGAAAAUGUAAAUAGCGAGGAUUUUUCAAAUUUUGUUGCCAGAUUUGUUAAGUUUUUAUGUCUUGUUCAUGUUAAUUUUAUACAUUUUACCUAGAAAACUAGUCAGAUUCGCGAUUUUUUGCUCUAAUGGAACAGUACUUCCGGUGAAAAUUUUACCAUGAUAGACUUUAAGAUGGAAUUUUAUGUUUAGUAUCGCUAGAAUUUAUGUUUAGAAUAAAGAAAAAAUCAAUUCCU